AUGACUAAAUCGAAUUCGUCAUCGGUUGGCAGACGCCUUCCUCUGAUUUCCGUAGUACUUCUACUUGGGCAGCUGGUGGUGGCUAGCUUGGCAACAAAACAACACACAGGUUCUCCAAUUGGUGUAUGUAAUGGAAUGCUUGGCGAUGACCUACCACCCCAAGCAGAAGUUGUUGCUCUCUACAAGACAAAUAACAUCCCAAGAAUGCGACUUUAUGAUCCAAACCCAGCCGCUCUAGAAGCCCUUCGAGGCUCCAAUAUCAAGCUCUUGCUAGGGGUACCAAAUGAAAACCUUCAAUACAUUGCCUCAAGCCAAGCCAGCGCAAAUGCAUGGGUCCAGAACAAUGUGAGAAACUAUGCCAAUGUGAAAUUCAAGUACAUUGCCGUAGGAAAUGAAGUCAAGCCUUCAGACUCCUUUGCACAGUUUCUCGUCCCAGCCAUGCGAAAAAUUCAAAAGGCAAUUUCUCUUGCUGGUCUUGCAAAGAAAAUUAAAGUUUCGACAGCCAUCGACACCGGAGUACUUGGAGAGACCUUUCCUCCUUCGAUAGGCUCAUUCAAGUCUGAGUAUGACGCACUUUUGCAUCCCAUCAUCCGCUUCCUAGUGAACCACAAAUCGCCAUUGCUUGUUAACUUGUACCCUUAUUUUGCUUACAGUGGCAACACUCAAGACAUUCGUCUUGAUUAUGCUCUUUUCACAGCUCCAUCAGUUGUGGUACAAGAUGGGAACUUUGGUUAUCGUAAUCUUUUCGAUGCCAUGUUGGAUGGUGUUUAUGCUGCUCUUGAGAAGGCUGGUGGAGGGUCUUUGAAAGUUGUUAUAUCAGAGACUGGUUGGCCAUCAGCUGCUGGAACAGCCACAACAAUUGAUAAUGCAAGGACUUAUAUAUCAAAUUUGAUUCAACAUGUGAAGGAAGGGACUCCAAGGAGGCCAGGAAGGCCCAUAGAAACUUACAUCUUUGCCAUGUUUGAUGAGAAUAGAAAGACCCCAGAGCUUGAGAAACAUUGGGGGCUCUUCUCCCCAACAAAACAGCCUAAAUACCAAAUCAGUUUCAAUUGA